CUCAUGCACUUUUCCCCAGAUGGCCUGGCAGCUUUUCGGACAUUUCUGAAGUCAGAGUUCAGCGAGGAGAAUGUGGAGUUCUGGUUGGCCUGUGAGGACUUCAAAAAAACCAAAUCCUCCACCAAGAUUGCCUCGAAAGCCCAGAAGAUUUAUUCUGACUUUAUACAAGCUGAUGCUCCAAAGGAGAUUAACAUUGACUUCCAUACCAAAAAUGACAUCUCUCAGAAUAUCUCUGAGCCCACCCUCAGCUGCUUUGAUGAUGCUCAGAGGUCAAUCUACUGUCUCAUGGCAAAGGACUCUUUUCCCAGGUUUCUAAGGUCAGAAGUGUACAAGGAACUAGUAAAGAAGCAUCAGGAUGGAAAUCAUAAGAGAUGGCUCCCAUUUCUGUGAGGAAAUACCUGAAGGAUUAUGAAUUUAUAAGUGCCUCCCAUUGCAGUUUAGUACAGAUAAUGAUCAGUUAUUAAAGUGAUUGCACAAACCACAUCCAAGCUUUUGCCAGAUUGUUUUUAAGUACAAAAUGCACAUGAUACUUUCUAAUAAAGGUAGAGAAAUGUUCAAGAAACAAGAUGGAACAUGCUAGACAUUUGAGCCACCUUUUUAAUAAAGAAGUUUGGCAUUGUUAUUUUUUUCCAGUGUUUAGUUUAUUUGUCAAAGAGUUUUGACAUUUUAAAGCAGAAUGUUUUGGUUUUCUGGUUUGCUGUUGAUUUAUCUUUAGAAGUAUGGCCUCAAAAAUAGAUUCCUUUCAAGGGACUUGAAUA